AAUCAAGUUACUAUUCUAGCGAAUUUGGUUUCGAAGAUACGAUUCCUUACAUCGAAUACGUGAGCAAUUCUAGCUCAUGUGAAGGUCGAGGGUAUGAUCCCAGAUAUAUGAUGGUGAAUCGUGCCAUCUCUAGCGGAACCACGACCUUCUACCCCAGUUCAGGGGUUACCGUUCCUUAUGAUGAUAUUUCUGAAAUAUCUAGUGUUAUCAAUACUAUUGGUGGCACUUUAGGCCAAAAUACGGUCUAUACGACCCAGGAAAACACCAGGUAUAAUAGUUCCAUUGAUGCUAUCAAUACUAUUAAUGGCACUUUAGGCCAAAAUACGGUCUAUACGACCCAGGAAAACACUAAUGCUAUCAAUACUUUUGAUAGCACUUUAGGCCAAAAUAUGGUCUAUACGACCCAGGAAAACACUAGUGCUAUCAAUACUAUUGAUGGCACUUUAGGCCAAAAUACGGUCUAUACGACCCAGGAAAACACUAGAGCAGCUAAAAUCAAAGAUCUGGAAAAAAUGAUUCAAUAUCUUACGGAAGAAAACAAUAAGCUGAAGAUGAUUAUGCCUGUUGAAAUUAAUCUUAAAAAAAAGGUUCAAGAUCUUACGGAAGAAAAUAGAGAUCUUAAAAAAAGGUUCAAGAUCUUACGGAAGAAAAUUACAAGCUGA